AUGCAGCUCACUAACCUCAUCCUCACCUUCGCCGCUACUGCCUCCGCCAUCGACGUCUACUUCCACUCCCAGAACGACUGCAACGGCGCCUCCCGCCGCUGGAACAACGUCAACCCGGGGACCUGCAUCAACGCCGGCGCCGGCACGGGGCAAAUCCCCUCCAUCGCGUGGCGCGGCGUCCCGACCAACUGGCGCAUCACCUACUACGGCACACACAACCAGCAGUGCACCAACAUCAAGACUACGCAUAUCAAGUCCAACGUCGUGUGGACGUGCAUGUCAGGUGGCUACUGGGGUGCGCGGUACCAGUUUACGAGCAAGAAGCGGGCGAUUGGGAUGGAAGAGGAGGUGUGCUUGAAGGGCGAGGGUGAGUGUGAGGGGAGCUUGGGCCCAGCGGAUGAGAUUGUUGCGGAGGAUGGGACGAUUUGGGAGCUGAAGGGGCUGAGUGAGGAGGAGAUUGAGGAGUUGUACGGGAAGGUGGUGGAUGGAAGCGAGAUUCCUAAGGAGUUUGAGGUUCGUCGCCGCAACGUUGGGGCUUAA